AUGACGCCAAACCAGGAGGCGUAUCCACCACUACAAGCAGAUCAUAAAAAUAUAAAGAAAUGGUAUGUGAUAUUCAACGGAGAAAACAAAGGAGUCUACGACAACUGGGGAAUCGCCAAUUCGUAUAUUCUUGGAAAAAAUGUCAUUCAUAAAAGCUACAAAACAAAAACCGAAGCAAAAUCUGCAUACAAUGAAGCAUACAAAGUCGUAAUAAGAGAUAAUGUCGAAUGUUCGAAAACAAUCCUUCUUGCACCACAAAAACCUGUAUCCAUCCCAAAAUCUCUUAAUCAACUCCAUGCUAAAAUCGCCCUUGAAGCCAUUUUGUCAACCAAAGAAAAAUAA